AUGUCUCCUUUUGAUUCGGCGAAGAAAUUGUCAUUUUCUCGCUACAGAAGGGAUGGAUAUUUGGUAAUAGUAUAUGAGAGGCAUGAUAACAUGAAGGCUGUAAAAGUUUCAGAGAACGGGGUUCUGCAAAUUUGUUUCGGUGUAUUCAAGCAUUCGGAUUGGAUUGGGAAACCAUUUGGUUCCAAAGUGUUCAGUAAUAAGGGUGGAUUCGUGUACUUGUUUGCCCCAGCUGCUGAGCUAUGGACUCUGGUUCUAAGCCACAGUACCCAAAUUUUAUAUAUUGCCGAUAUUAGUUUUGUUGUCAUGUACUUGGAGAUAGUUCCGGGUUGCCUGGUUCUUGAGUCGGGCACUGGAAGUGGAUCAUUGAAGUUCGAGAAGGGAACUUGCGUAGCUGGCAAGAUAAUGAAGGUGGUUCCAUGUCUUCUAAGAUCCGCAAGAAGAGAGAACGCUCCACACAUGGGCUCGAAAAUGCAGGUUCUUUGGCCAUCAUGA